CUACAGAAGAUGAACAAAGAAUAACCCAGUUUCUAAAUAUUGUGAUGUGCAUGGCAGUAAAAACCAUACAGCAGGGCAAAUUCUCAAGGACUUUGUUUUAAGCUCACAACUUCAAUCCUUAUCACAGAAUAUUGCAAAUAUUGUCUCUGUUUUAAAUAAAAGUUAUGCUUUAUUUCUAAUACACAAGAGAAAUGAAUUAACUAUACUAAUAAAAUUUGAUCUACAUUCUACAUCCUUGAACCAUCUUCCCCAGCCAGAUAGUUGUCUACUGAAACCAAGAGAUAGAAUUUAUACGUAACUACACAACAAAGUCCUAAUUUUAUAAUUUUAGAAAGGUUUGGCAACAUGUUGAUCACGGUAAGCUAUUGGCUUACUCUACCAAUGUCUAAGGUUUUAUACAUUUAUUCAAGUCACACUUUUUAAAGCAUAAAGGCUAAUGAGAUCAUAAGUAAGUGUGAUUCCAUAGCAGGAAUGACCUGAAAUAGACCUCACUGUACUUCCAAUGGCCUGAUGUCAACUAUUAUUAAACUACAGGUUUUACAAAGUCUUCCACUAGACGUCUAGAGUUAAGCCAGAAGUUUUGGCUGUAAUACAGGCAGUGAUGAAAAACAUAUGAGUGGUAACAAGUCGUCUUAAUAUCAUUCUUCAGUACUAAGAUGGGCUAAUCUGAAGCAGCACUUUACUCUGCUAUCACCCACGGUGCCAGGAGGAUCAAGAAGUUUGGGAGUGGAAUUUUUAUUUAUAUUUACUUUCCAUUUCACAGAGCUCAGCCUAACUUCCUUUCUCUCUCUCUCUCUUUUUUUUUUUUUUUUUAAUAUUAAAUAACUGGACAUAAAGAUCUCAGGUGGAUUAUCACAGUGCUUCCAGAAGAACAAUCAAACUUGCAAGGUACACUAACUGAUCCAACAUCUUUCUGUCUUCUAGACCGAAGGACCUUCGAUUACACAAGAAAGAUACUUUCAAGUUAAAGAUUGGCUAUCCUGAUUAAGAAGAUAUGAAAGAAUACACGCUCCUUCUCUUCUUGGCUUUGUGCUCUGCCAAACCUCUCAUUGGUCCUUCAUAUUUUACACUAAAGAAUAUGAUGCUCCAAGAUAUGGAAGAAGAUGAUGAUGAUUAUGAUGACGACAACUCUCUAUUCCCAACCACUGAACCAAUUAUACCACUAAUUCCUUUUGAUCUAUUCCCAGUAUGCCCCUUUGGAUGCCAAUGCUAUGUGAGAGUUGUCCAUUGCUCUGACCUAGGUUUGACAUCAAUACCUCGCAACAUUCCACCAGAUACUCGUAUGAUUGACCUUCAAAACAACAAAAUUAAAGAGGUCAAGGAAAACGAUCUCCAAGGACUCACAUCACUUUAUGCACUGGCUUUGAACAACAACAAAAUAUCCAAGAUUCAUCCAAAAGCCUUUCAACCAACAAAGAAGCUACGACGACUGUAUUUGUCCCAUAACCAGCUAACUGAGAUUCCAACAAAUCUACCACAAACUUUAGCAGAGCUCAGAAUUCAUGCUAAUAAGGUUAAGAAAAUCCACAAGGACGUAUUUAAAGGAAUGAAGUCUCUACAUGUUUUAGAAAUGAGUGCAAAUCCUCUUAACAAUGAUGGAAUAGAGCCAGGGGCUUUUGAAGGAGUAAAUAUCUAUCAUAUAAGAAUUGCAGAAGCUAAAUUAACUUCAAUUCCUAAAGAACUGCCCUCCAGUCUACUAGAACUUCAUUUAGAUGACAAUAAGAUCACAACAAUCGAACUUGAAGAUUUUAUCCGGUAUAAAGAUCUUCAAAGGCUAGGCCUUGGGAAUAAUAAAAUCAAAGAUGUGGAAAAUGGAAGUUUUGCCAACAUACCAAGCAUACGCGAAAUCCAUCUUGAAAAAAAUAAACUCAAGAAAGUUCCUCCUGGAUUACCCGAACUGAAAUAUCUGCAGGUAGUCUUCCUUCAUUCUAAUCAUAUUGCAAAACUGGGAGUGAAUGAUUUCUGUCCAACAGGAGGAAGAAAGAAGAAAGCGUUAUACAGUGGCAUAAGCCUCUUCAAUAAUCCUGUAAAGUAUUGGGAGGUUCAGCCUUCAACUUUCCGUUGCAUUUUAGCCAGAAACAGCGUGCAACUUGGAAAUUUCCUCAAAUGAUACUGAAGUUGGUAAUUUCAAAAAACAACUUGUCCAAAUCAGUUCUACAAUACUUGAAAUCUGCAGAAAAAUGCCAAUUUUACACUAUUUAAUCAGUUUACAAAGUAUUUACUAUUUCAGACAUAAUUAAUUAGGAACAAUAUGUUAGUAGGAUCCAUUGUAUUAUUUGACAAUGUUCAACCUACAUUUGAAUAAUUUAAACAAAAGCCUUUGUAUCUUACGGAAGGACUCUUGGAAGUGCAACUGGAAACUGUAUUUGAUGUUUCCUAUUAUAGAUGUUAAAUUCUUUACUUAAAUCACAUAGUUUGGACAUAUUCUUUCUUUCAAAUAAAUUCUAAAAAUCAAGCGGAAGUGACUUUUUCCACAGUAAGGACCUUUUCCUCUGCCAAAAAGUGUUGUAUGAAAAGUUGCAAAGAAAAAAAAAAAAAUCAGACUUCAAGGACAACUUCUUCUGCCAUUUUUUAUAAUGAGCAAAGAUGCAAUAAAAAGGUACGGUAUUGCAAGGUCUUUCCUCUCUAAACUAGAACAUAUUUUUAUAAUCUAUUAAGUGAGAUAAAGGUGGAUUUCAUAUCAAGAACUAACAUGCAGAAAGCCUUUAAAAGUUCUCCGUUUUUUUUUUUUUCUUGCAACUUCAAGUGGGAAAUGUCCUUCAAUAUUGUGCUAUCAAUAUAAUUUGAUGCAUUCUGAACAUUAAAAAGUAGGAUUCAAGACUUAUCAUAUGCUUCAAGCUUAAUAGGAAUGAUUAUUAAACUCCCUUUAGGCCAGCACAAACAUUUUUUUUUUUAUCUAUAACAACUGUAAUCGUGUUUUUCAUUUAAUAUUUUCCUCUUUUAUAUUUUGACAUCACACGGGUUAAGAAUCCCAUAUUAAAAGUACCUUAAAAUUGCUGAAUGCAAGCAGAUAGCUGGAACUCAACUGCUCUGACUUCUUACGUAGGUCAGCACAUAGAAUUCUCAAUACUGACAGUACUGUAUAAAAUGGAUAUUUUAUAUAUCUAUUUACUGUAUAUUUGCUAUUGGGAUUCAAAAUAAAUUAAAUAAACUUAAAGAAAACUUGCAUUUGUAUACUUGAUUACAUGAUUUGUCAUGUCAAAACAUUCAGAGAUUAUAACCAAACACCCUUCUGACUCUUCUAUUUUCUCUAUUCUUCCUUUUUCCAAAUGUACACACCUUGCAGAUCAUUUAUCACUGCUGUUCUUCACAAAGUUAAAAAUUCAACACUUUAUUUGAAGCAGCUAUGGGAAAUGACACAGACUAGUAGUAAAAGAAAAUACUACAGAGAAAUCAAGCAAUUCCCAAUUUCUCAGCCUUUCUAUCACCUCCCUAAGUACAGUAAGCAAUAAGCAUCAAGUCUAACAUCUGAUAUUUUUCAUCUGCUUGGUCUUUCUGUGUUUAAUACUUUG